AUGGAAAACAACCUCGCAGGCACAGGAGCACCACCAGCGCCAUCUGCCGCUGCAACAGCUUCAUCAGCAGGCCAAUCCCAGUUUCCGGCACAUGAGAAUCCGCGAGUCUGGCUGUUUUCCUCUGGUGACUCUCCCAUAGGAAUUUCGUUAGCUCGCCAGAUCCUUGCGCAUGGCGACUACGUGGUUUGCGGCCGCUGUCCCGCAGACUCUGAACGAGAAAAUCCCAGGGUCACUGCUUUCGAAGACUUCCUCGAAGAGCUAGACAAUGCGGAACCGGGCCAGGAGACUAGCGGCUGGAAAGAAAGAUUUGAUGUUGUGAAUCUUGAUAUCAGGAUAAUGAGCGACUGCCAGGCUGCAAUUGCUAGCACGAUAAACAAAUACGGAAGAAUUGACAUCGUUCUCUGCUGCACAAGCCAAGCCGUCAUUGGAUCUGUUGAAGAGCUUGCGACUUCAGAGCGAGCAAGAAUGCUGCUGAAAGACCAGUUUGAAACUAACUACUUUGGACCCGUGAACUUGAUCAAGUCUGCUCUUCCACAAAUGCGGCUCCAGAGAUCCGGGCAUCUUAUGGUCCUGGGGGGAAUUACCGGGCAUAUCGGAACACCUGGUCUUGGAGUAUACUGUGCUGCAGAAUGGGCAUUAGACGGUUAUUGUGACAGCCUUGCAUACGAGGUGGCGCCAUUCAAUAUUCGAAUCACAAUCCUCCAAAGCAGCGUUGAGAUAGGGGUACUGUCCAAUCUGAUCACUAGCGUCCCACCACUUGACGCCUACAAUCCAGCCCAAAACCAUGCUCCCCUUUUUCGAAGAAUUAUGAACAGCGUACUUUCCCAGCUUCCGGGUUUCAGCGGAUAUGCCCGGUCAGCCCAUUUCCCGCCAAGUACACAGGCGCCGUUGUCUUCUCCAGGAAGUGUGAAGCAAGAGUAUACAAAAGAUAAUGACGAGCCUCUCUCCGCAUCUUCUGGCGUCUCACUUUAUCCACCACUCGGCUCUGAGCAUCUGGAAAUGCUUAUGGGGGAAACCAUGUAUGCGGUCACUGCCAUUGGAGGUCAUGAAGACCCGCCUGCCAGACAUAUAGUUGGAGCAGAGUCGGUUGCACGUGUGAAGGAGAAAUUGAAGACGGUCAGCGAAGAGCUCGAAGACUUCAUCGAGUGCAGCUGUGCUGUGGAUAUUAAUAGCACAGAGAAUCCUUCUAGGGUCACGAGCGACGAGGUAGUGGUCCAAUCUGAGACUUAA